AUGUCUGGAACCGAAGUUUCUGCAGUGCACCGUGCCCUCAACAAUCUUUUUACCACUUUGAGCCCUGAGCAAGUCCAGAAGUUUUUGUCGGAAAUGAAUGGUGCAACCAAUGCUCCUAAUGGAAUUGCGGCGGCUACAACCACUAACGGCAACGUUCCUAUCGCCCCCAACAACGUUCAGCUCGACAAAGCUACCACUCCAGCUUCGAUGCAAGUCCCUGCUAUGACCCGACCUACUUCUCGUGGGAAGCGUGCCCGCGAAAAUGGAAAAUUGAGACCAUUGAAUUCUUUUAUUGCCUUUCGAAGCUUUUAUUCGGCUGCUUUUCCUGAGCUCUCUCAGAAAGUGAAAUCAGGUCUACUUCGCCUUCUUUGGAAUUCUGACCCAUUCAAAGGGAAAUGGGCUAUUCUCGCGAAGGCUUAUUCCACUAUUCGCGACAAGCACUCGGACCAAGUCAAUUUGGAGACAUUCUUGACUUUGAAUGGCCCAUUCAUUGGAAUAGUUCCCGCUGCAGAGUAUCUUGCUAUCAUGGGCUUGCAGUUGAUUCAAGGCCCCGACAAACAGUUUUCCCUUGUCACAGCAAACAACAAGCCGACCAACCCUUAUGGUUUGACUACCAACCUUUCCGCUGACGAUGUUGUCGACUACUGCUACCAAACCGGUUAUGUCAAAGGCAUGAUGCCUGGAAAAAAUAUUGUUCACCAAGAGGCAGCAUUGGCUAUGGCAGUUUCUGCUCAGCCGAAUGACGCUGUGGAUAUCCGCUCUGCAACCAGCACCCCGUUGAAUACUGCCAACCAGUUUUCUCCACCCGCAACAAGUACCAGCAACAGCGCUGAACCACAGCAAGACGGCAACGCCAUGACGACUUCUAAUUCGGUUCCAUCUGGGAAUAAUACCAAUAGAGCUUUGGUUAUCCAUCCGGCGGUUAUCAACAACUCAAUUACUUUAGCCCAAACUAUGGCUAACAAUGCUGCAAUUGCCAACAAUACUCCGUACGCGGCUACCGAUUUUGACCAAGAACUUCGCAAUGUUAUGAACGCAUUCCCUUUCGAUGCCGAUGAUGAUGGUUACUACGGACUUUUUAACCCUGCGCUUCGCACACCAGUCGUUGUUUAUAACCCAUACCGCAUUCAGGGUGACUUCGAUGCUUUUGAUAUUGGUGAACUUGGUAACAUGUAA